ACACACAAAAACAAAAAACAAAAUAAAAAUGGAUUUCAAAAAAUUCGAUUGUGGAUUUUUUCAAUCGUAUUUGUGUCUCAGUGGUUAUUAAAAAAUUAUCCAUUGACGACAGAAAUACCCGAAUUAUGGCUGUGUACAGAAACACUUAUGGUCGCCGUAGGAAUGUAGGAUUUCGAACGUGGUGUAUUGGAAUUAUGAUCUCGUCUUUAUAUCUAAUGUCCAGUUGCAGUUGCAUGGCAACUGGCUUACAUCAUAAUCGACAUAAUCAUCAUGUCACAAGUGAUAAAACGGAUAGUGUAAAAACGUUAUGGUCACGACCAAAAGUAGUGCCUAUAAUUCAUAAGUCUGAUAAGUUAGGAAUUUCUAGAAGAACAUUACGAAAUAUUCGUAUACAUAGUGAAUAUUUAUUAAAAUCAAAAACUAGUCAUGUUAAAGAUUAUCCGAACGAUGAUCCAUACGGUGGAUUUGAUUCCCGUGAUUAUGAAUCAGAGGAUCCACGUCCGCUGAUUGGUUUUAACGAUGAUGAUUUUACGGAACAUCAAUUAGAGAAAUCAUUAUUGGAUCGGGAGCAUACAAGCAAUCGACCGGAUGUUAAAUGUGAUGAUGAUAAUAAACCAAAAAAAUCAAAUCCGCCGCAACAUUUUAAUAUGGUCCCGAUUAAGAAAUUUACACCCCCGCAACAACAGCAAAUCCCCUCAUUCUCUCAUUGUCCCACAUGUUACGCGCAUUAUUUAAAUCAUGAAAAAACUUUUAUUGAUCCAAAUAACAAAAAUAAAAUUGAUAGCGAGAGUAUCCGAUUAGAGGCAAUUAAACAGCAAAUUUUAAAUAAAUUAGGUUUAAAACAUCGACCAAUUAUACGAAAAAAAUUACCUAGAGAGAUUGUGUUACAGAGUUUGUACAGGGCCGAAGAGGACAAUUUAGAAUUUUUUAAUGAUGAAAAACAUAAAAGUAUGCCUUCACGUGCGGGUGCAGGCCUUAAUUUUAAUAAACCAAUUAAAACGAAUGAUUUAAACGAUAAAUAUGAGGAGUUUAGUUCGACAACGGGUGAAAAUUUACCGACAACUAGUUCGACAUCGUAUUCGACAAAUGAAGUACAAGAUGAUUUUUAUGCACGGACAUCGGAGAUUAUUGUUUUUGGUGAUGCCGGUCGCAAGUUGAAUAAUCAACAGCUAGUUGAAUUUUCAUUAUCGAAGUAUUCAGAUACAGGUGAUCAAGAACUAAAAGUAAAAGCAGCAACAUUAUGGGUGAAAGUAUCGUUAGUGAGUCAUAUUAAAAAAAUAUCAGUUACCAAUAAGAAUGUUACAUUAUGGGUGUUUCGAGUUGUACAAGACCAUAUGAAUAAUAGAAUAAGUAAUCAGGAAUUUGAUAAAUAUAUGAAAAUGGCAACAUCCUUAACAAUAAAUUUAUCAUCACUUGGCUGGCAAAAAUUUGAUUUAACACCAACAGUCCGUGAUUGGUAUCAAAAUGUACUUAAACCACAAACCACAUCAGAAUCAACGAAUCAUGGUGGAUACACAAAUUACGAUAAUCGUGACGAUCAAUAUUCCACAAAUUCUUCCAAUUAUCGUUAUAUACGUUCAAAAACUGCAACAUUUUAUAAAAAUAACGAUAAACAAAAAGAUAUCAACCAUUUAAAUUACGAAUCGAUAACGUAUGGUAAUCAUAAUAACGACACCAAACAUCACGAUUACGAUUAUGACGAUUUAACGGAUGAUCCAGCAUCAUCGAAAAAAUUACGUGCAAAUACAUUUAUUUAA